GCCGAUGACUGGUACCAGCGGUGUCAAGAUCGGCCUCUGUGGAGGAGGCUCGUGAAGGACGCUACUGGGCAGUUGGAGGCAGUCGCCCUCCAACAACAACAGAGGGUGGAGGAGCGACGCUCACAACAACGAGCGGAGCGCCGGGUGGCUAAAGCACAGCAUGUUGGCAUAGUAGGGGGCACAGGUGGUGCAUCAGCCAGUCAUCUCAGUCAGUCGACCCGUGGCACCUGGGUCUGCCCCGUGACCUCCUGCCAGCGGGCGUUGGACACUUCACGUGGCCUCAACGUGCACACGGCCUGGCACAAUCUCCCUCGUGACGUCACCGCCACUUAGUGGCGAAUGGCGGUUGGUAGUGACAAAUGAUGAUGGUGUUGGUGGUAACUGAUUGUGGUAGUAACAAUGACCGUGGUGGUGGUGCUGCAGGUGAUGGAAGAACUGUUGUACUACUGCGGUUGCGACAACAGAACCGGUGAAUGCGACAGAGUCUGCCUGCCGCUGCGCGAAGACUUUCGCGACGUUGGCGACUUUCUGAACGUGAGCUCACGGCUGCCGGGAAAGUACGACAGAAGUUCCGCCAUGCGGCUGGUGAGGGACAACAGGAGCGGUGGAAGUGGCGGCGCCGCCCGCUGGCGUCUGGAGCCGGUGAACGAGUGGUUGACGGCGCCCUCGGAGUAUGACCUGGUCCACGUGAGCGCCAGCCCGGAGUACUGCGUCCGUGGCAGCACCAGCGGAGCGGUGGGGAGGCAGCGCUGCAACGACACCGAGGCAGCCGAGGAAUGCACCGUCACAUGCUGCGACAGAGGAUACGACAUCUCCCAAGUCACGGUGGAGACGCAGUGCGGGUGCAAGGAACAGCUCAAGCAGAACAUCAAGUGCAAGCUUUGCCCGUGGACCGUCGAUCAAUUCGCUUGCAAGUAG